GUACCCGGAAGCCGCCCGCGGUGAGACCUGGAGCACCCCUCUAAUUUUCUUAGCUCUGUGACUCACAGCUCGGUUCCGCCCUCCUGCGCGAUACGGAGCCUUUUGUGCCUGGGCGGCCCCGGUAAAGAGACCGGAAGCGCUGCCAUGGAGACCCCUGGCGGCGCCGGAAGGAGCUGGGCCGUUGGGCGUUCGAGCGGAGACAGCGGCGGGGCGCACAUCGAAGGCGGCGAGCGCGCCUUCGGAUCGCCGGGACUAUCCCGUGGCGGGUGACGUCAAGGCACGCGACCGGACCUCCCCGGGCAGCCCCCCCAUCCCCUCCCCCGCCAUGGCCGUUCGCGCCGUCCCGCCGUUCUGGGACAGCCGCAGCCGCGCCCUGGAGCAGCAGCUGGUGCGGCGGCGGGAGCAGGAGGCCCGCCUGCGCCGGCAGUGGGAGCUGCACAGCCGCUCCUUCCAGCAGUCCGCGCUGCGCAGCCGCAAACAGGCCGAGUGGAGCUCGCGCCGCUCCUUCCAGCAGAGCAUGGAGGCGCAUGGCCGGGAGCGGCUGAAGGAGGAGGCGGCGGCGGGCCUGGAGCGGCGGCGGCGGCGGCUGCGGGAGCUGCUGUGGCGGGAGCGCGAGGGUCUGGCGGCCGAGCUGCGGGGGCUGCGGAGCGGCGGGGCGGCCGAGCUGGAGGAGAAGAGGCAGCGGAGCCAGGAGCUGCGCUCAGCCAGGGAGGAGCGGCGGAAGCAGGUGGCGGAGGAUCGUCUCUACGACUGCUGGAGGAAGAGCAGCGCGAAGCUCCGAGAGGUCAGCUCCGAGCUGCACAAGAAGCAGGUGGUGGAGGCCUGGGGGGACCAGCUGGCGCUGAAGCAACAGCGAGAAGCGGCAGAUCAGGAAGAGAGAGUCCGCUCCGAGAACCAGUACGAGAGAGCCCGCAGAGCAGCCCUGGAGCGGCUGGAGGAGCAGCAGCAGCGCAGGAAGCAGGCCGAGGAGAAGCAGGCCGAGGUCCUGCGGCAGCAGAUGGCGGAGCUCCAGCUGCGGGACGUGGAGGCCACCAAGCUGAAGGAGGAGGAGGAGAGCCUGCUGAAGCAGCAUUGGGAGCUCCAAGCCCUGGAAGCCGAGCGGAAGCUGAAGGAGCAGCAGCAGAAGAAGGUGGAGCUUGGGCGCUUUCUGAAGCAUCAGGUCCAGGCCCAGCUGAGGAAACGGGUUCAGCAGGUCCAGGAAGAGCUGGAGAAGGACAGGCAGAUUCUCCUGGCCCUGUCUGAGAAGGACGAGCAGGACCAGCGCCUGGAGUCCUCCCGGCGGGAAGAAGCCGUGGCUGCAGUGGCCUGGAUGAAGGAGGUCAUUGAAAAGCAGCUGCAGCUGGAAAGAGAACGAGAGGCGGAGCUGGAGACCAUCUUCAGGGAGGAAGCCAGGCAGGUUUGGGAGAAGCGAGAGGAAGAGUGGGGGAGAGAGCGGAAGGCCCGGGACAGGCUCAUGGCAGAGGUCCUGGCCGAGAGGGAGCAGCAGGUCCAGCAGAAGAUGGAGCAGAACCGGCAGGCCCAGCAGGAGUCCGUGAGGUUCCGGGAGCAGCUGAUCCAGCAGCUGGAAGAGGCCAGGCAGCUGACCCAGUGCGAACAGCAGGCGGGGGUAGAGCGGAAAACCGCCCGCAAGCAGGAGCUGCAGGCCCAGCUCACGGAGCGGCAGCGGCAGCAACAGGAGGAGCUCCAGCGCCAGCAGGAGGCGGCCACAGAGGCCCAGCUGCGAGAGCAGCAGCUGCAGGAGCUGGAGCAGCUGGAGGCCAGGCGCAUGGUGGAGGCCUGCUAUCGCAGACAGUGCCACAGCUACCCCAAAGCUGCCUGGAGCUGAAGAAGAUUCUGCGUUCUGGGUCUGGGGGGCCGAGAACCUCUUUGGCGGCUGCUUCCUGCUGUCUGACAGUCUGCUUGGAUCCUGCUGGGACGCUAGGAGACUAAAAGGGGUGGGCUGGCUGCCCCAGGAGUGGUCUUCCUGCCCCCCCCCACCCCCCCGAGCAGCUGCUACCUAGGGGCUGUUGCCCAGGAUAGAAGAGUGGCAGCGAAGGUGAUGGAUAAUCGGUGCUUAGAGGGUCAAUAAAGU